GUUACAAUACAAGCUGAUUCAGCAGACGAACAAACCGACUUCACGAGUUCCCGGAAAAAAAACACAAAAUUUGAGAAAAAUCGCAAAAAUAUUAUCUAAAAAAUGUCGGAACUGUGCUUCAAAGACGGUGUUAUGAACACAACAUACCAGAAUAUCAAUGAUUUGGUUUCCGGAAAGAGUGUCCAGCUCCGCGUUGAAGCCCAGGAGCAAUUCUUUGAAUCUGACGAAGAUGACGACUACGACGAAUUGGACAUGGGAAAGUAUGAGGAAGCCUGCGAGAAGUGGAAGAAUGCUGACUUUGUGGGAAUGACCUUUGAGGAGAUUCGUCAGACCAUGGUCAAAAUUGACUUGGGAAUCUACAAACAGGUUCUCCUGGAGGGCUUUGGUGAACCAAUUCCCGAAAAGAAUUGCCGGGUCACGAUGGUGUACUCUGUUUUCUUCGAAAAGACCCCCAUCCCUGUGGAUUCAACUCUCCUCACGGGGAAAAACUUCUCAUUCAUUACGGGUGAGGAUAGCGGUUUACUCGUGGGAAUUCACCAUAGUGUGAUGACAAUGAAGGCUCAGGAGCAGGCAAAAUUCAUAAUACCCUGCAAGUAUUUGUAUGGUGAACUUGGAUGCCCUCCGCGAAUUCCACCAAACACGGAUGGUCUUGUGCUCAUUCGUGUGAUCAACCUGGAGCCUGGGUAUGGUGAUCAUCAGGUGCAAGAUAAUGAGACAAUGAGUUACAGCAGUGUCAUGAAGAAGGUGGAAGAGCUCCGGCAGAAGGGGAAGAAUGCAGUAAAGUGCUAUCGCUUUUCAUCAGCAGUUCGUACCUACCAUGAAGCCAUAAGGAUCCUCGUGAGGGUUGACACGCAAAAUCCAGAGGAGGAUAGAGAGAGAAAUGAUUUGGUUGUGAAAAUGCUCAUCAAUUCCGCCAUGAUGUACAACAAACUUAAUCAACCAAAGAGUGCUUGUUCCAAUCUCAACGAGGCCCAGCGAUACUUCCCAAAUGUUCCCACUGAUCUCAAAGGGAAAUUGUUCCUCCACAAGGGACGUGCCCUGCGAAAUUUGGGUGAAUUCGACCGCGCCAAGAGUUGCCUCCAUGAAGCCCAGAAGUACUCCAAUGCACCGGAAAUUCGCAAAGAAAUGGAAUUGGUUGUGAAGGAAAAGGACAAGUAUGACACCGCGAUGGCUAGUAUGAUGCAGAAGGCAUUUAAUUUGCACGAUAAAGUGCAAAAGAACAAUCUGUCCAAGAUUAAUCGAGAAUUUGAAGCAGCUUUCAAGGAGACAGUUCAGAAUUUCCUCAAAGAUGAGAAUAUUAAGAAGCAAAUUGUUGCUGUGGAUUUCACAAAGGAACAAAAGAAGAUUGUCGAUGAUGUCCUACUGAUGGUGCCAAAUGUUAUCCUCAGUGUUUUGCCGACAGAGCAUUCCACAAAAUAUUGCUUGGUCAAGACUGAUUAAGCUAUAAAUUUUAAUUUUGUGAAUCUCAGGUUUCUUUUGAAGAUUUUUCAAUCAAUUGAAUUACAAAACUUAUGAAUUACUAAUAAUAUUUCUAAAAAAAAAAUGAUUCAAUUCUAUUCCGUUGCAACAAACAAAAGGACCAGAAUAAACAAUAAAUUCGAUCCUUAACAAA